GCGCACCUGCAGGGCCGCGCGGCGGGUGAGGCGAUGCCCGCGGAGGCGGACGAGCCCGAGCAGUGGAGGCUCGUCCCGCGCUGGAAGGACGAGGAGACUGAGCAGCUGCGGCGGAAGUGCAGGUCCCUGGAGGGGGCCCUGGAGCGGCGCGAG